UGUCCACACGUGGUAUCUACAUUACUCACUCACAGCAUUUUAUAUUCACAUUGACUUUGACCUUCACACCAAAACGACCUGUGAUAAAUCUUAGCGCGUAUUGUUGGACACUGCCCCCACAUUCCAUCUUUUCAACUUUGACCUGGACAUAUUUUGUCGGCGUGGCUGUUUUUCUUCAGUGUCAUCACAACAUCGACCAUGACCAGUACAAAAAGGGUUGCUGUGGUGACGGGGUCCAACAAGGGUAUUGGGUUUGCUGUCGUCCGAGGGUUGUGUAAAAGCUAUGAUGGUGAUGUCUGCCUGACAGCACGAGAUGAAGGUCGUGGCCAGGCAGCUGUUGCUGACCUCAACAAGGAAGGCUUGCGGCCCAAGUUCCAUCAGCUGGACAUCAACGACCAGUCAAGCGUAGAGCGACUGAAGUCAUUCCUACAGACCACCUACGGGGGAUUGGAUGUCUUGGUCAACAAUGCUGGAAUAGCAUACAGGAAUGCGGACCCAGCACCGUUUGCUGAGCAGGCUGAAUUUACCUGUAAAACCAACUUCUGGGCCACCCUGGAGUCUUCACGUAUACUGUUCCCACUCCUACGACCUCACGCCAGGGUUGUGAACGUGUCAAGCGUACUAGCUCACAGAGCCAUCAGUCAGUGUUCCCCCGCUGUUCAAGGUCGCUUCAGGGACCCUGCCCUUACAAUGGAUGGCCUGGAGAAAAUCAUGCAAGAGUUUGUUGAUGCUGCUAAGGCAGGUAAACAUCGGGAACAGGGGUUUCCGAGCUCAGCGUAUGGUGCAUCCAAGAUAGGGAAGAACAUCAUGACCAUCAUUCAGGAUAGGGACAUGAGGAACGACCCAAGAGAGGACAUUGUCAUCAAUGCGUGCUGCCCUGGUCAUGUGCAAACUGACAUGUCAAGACAGACAGGGUCAAAGAACAUUGAUGAAGGUGCUGACUCCAUAGUAUACCUUGCACUCCUGGCCAGGAACACUACAACCCCCAAAGGCAACUUUGUCGCUGACAGAACCAUUUUGCAAUGGUAAUAACUAUAUCAUUUUACACAUAAAACACUAGUAUGGUUCAACACACUCACUGCCCUGCUUGUCGGGGACCAGUGAAAUGUUUUAAAGAUUUGUAGAUUUCUUUUGAGUCACCUAAUCGUCUAAUUUUGCAUAAACUAGUCUGAAGUGAACAGUGGACAAGUUGGUUGCUUUUCUGCCUUUAUCAGCAGGUACAUGCACCUUACUCAGUCUAGUAGUUGUGUAUAAGUGCAUUUCAGACUUAAACAUCCUCUAGUAUGCAGUCAUUGAUAGAAAUUAGAAGUUGGAAGAACAUGAACGUAUGACACAUGUAUGGAUGAUGAUGGAACAAGAGGUAGCUCUGAAUAUUUGUGACAAAGAAUAAAAGAAGUUGCUGUCCAUAAACGUGUCAUGUAUUCAUGCUCUAGUAUGCAGUGUCUAGGCUCUCCAUUCUGAUUGAAUACCACCUCUGGACCCUCUGGACUGGCGCGUCGACUGUUAGUUGACUGGUGCCUAAACUAGUGUGUUGACAGGUGUGUAGAUUCGUGUGUAGACUGGUGUGUAGACUAGUGUGUUGACAGGUGUGUAGUCUAGUGUGUUGACUGGUGUCUCGCCUAGUGUGUUGACAUGUGUGUAGUUUAGUGUGUUGACUGGUGUCUCGACGAGUGUGUUGACAGGUGUGUAGAUUCGAGUGUAGACUGGUGUGUAGACUAGUGUGUUGACAGGUGUGUAGUCUAGUGUGUUGACUGGUGUCUCGACUAGUGCGUUGACAGGUGUGUAGAUUCGUGUGUAGACUGGUGUGUAGACUAGUGUGUUGACAGGUGUGUAGUCUAGUGUGUUGACUGGUGUCUCGACUAGUGCGUUGACAGGUGUGUAGAUUCGUGUGUAGACUGGUGUGUAGACUAGUGUGUUGACAGGUGUGUAGUCUAGUGUGUUGACUGGUGUCUCGACAAGUGUGUUGACAGAUGUGUAGAUUCAUGUGUUGACUGGUGUGUAGACUAGUGUGUUGACAGGUCGGAAGUCUAGUGUGUUGACUGGUGUCUCGACUAGUGUGUUGACAGGUGUGUAGAUUCGUGUGUUGACUGGUGUCUCGACUAGUGUGUUGACAGGUGUGUAGAUUCAUGUGUUGACUGUUGUGUAGACUAGUGUGUUGACUGGUGUGUAGACUAGUGUGUUGACAGGUGUUUAGUCUAGUGUGUUGACUGGUGUCUCGACUAGUGUGGUGACAGGUGUGUAGCCCCUUGUGUUGUCUGGUGUCCCGACUAGUGUGUUGACUUGUGUGUAUAUUCGUGUGUUGACUGGUGUCCCGACUGGUGUGUUUACAGGUGUGUAGACUCAUGUGUUGACUGGUGUCUCGACUAGUGUGUUGACAGAUGUGUAGAUUUGUGUGUUGACUGGUGCCUCAACUAGUGUGUUGACAGGUGUGUAGACUCGUGUGUUGACUGGUGUCUCGACUAGUGUGUUGACAGGUGUGUAGCCUCUUGUGUUGACUGGUGUCUCGACUAGUGCGUUGACAGGUGUGUAGAUUCGUGUGUAGACUGGUGUGUAGACUAGUGUGUUGACAGGUGUGUAGUCUAGUGUGUUGACUGGUGUCUCGACUGGUGUGUUGACUGGUGUCUCGACUGGUAUGUUGACAGGUGUGUAGACUCGUGUGUUGACUGGUGUCUCGACUAGUGUGUUGACAGAUGUGUAGAUUUGUGUGUUGACUGGUGCCUCAACUAGUGUGUUGACAGGUGUGUAGAUUUGUGUGUAGACUGGUGUGUAGACUAGUGUGUUGACAGGUGUGUAGAUUCGUGUGUUGACUGGUGUCCCGACUGGUGUGUUGACAGGUGUGUAGACUCGUGUGUUGACUGGUGUCUCGACUAGUGUGUUGACAGAUGUGUAGAUUUGUGUGUUGACUGGUGCCUCAACUAGUGUGUUGACAGAUGUGUAGAUUCGUGUGUUGACUGGUUCCCCGACUAGUGUGUUGAUAGGUGUGUAGUCUAGUGUGUUGACUGGUGUCUCAACUAGUGCGUUGACAGGUGUGUAGAUUCGUGUGUAGACUGGUGUGUAGUCUAGUGUGUUGACUGGUGACUCGACUAGUGUGUUGACAGGUGUGUAGAUUCAUGUGUUGACUGGUGUGUAGACUAGUGUGUUGACAGGUGUGUAGUCUAGUGUGUUGACUGGUGUCUCGACAAGUGUGUUGACAGGUGUGUAGAUUCAUGUGUUGACUGGUGUGUAGACUAGUGUGUUGACAGGUCGGUAGUCUAGUGUGUUGACUGGUGACUCGACUAGUGUGUUGACAGGUGUGUAGAUUCGUGUGUUGACUGGUGUGUAGACUAGUGUGUUGACUGGUGUGUAGACUAGUGUGUUGACAGGUGUGUAGACUAGUGUGUUGACAGGUGUGUAGCCUCAUGUGUUGACUUGUGUCCCGACUAGUGUGUUGACAGGUGUAUAGCCCCUUGUGUUGUCUGGUGUCCCGACUAGUGUGUUGACUUGUGUGUAGAUUCGUGUGUUGACUGGUGUCCCGACUGGUGUGUUGACAGGUGUGUAGACUCGUGUGUUGACUGGUGUCUCGACUAGUGUGUUGACAGGUGUGUAGCCUCUUGUGUUGACUGGUUCCCCGACUAGUGUGUUGACAGGUGUGUAGCCUCAUGUGUUGACUGGUGUCCUGACUAGUGUGUUGACAGAUGUGUAGAUUUGUGUGUUGUCUGGUGUCCCGACUAGUGUGUUGACUUGUGUGUAGAUUCGUGUGUUGACUGGUGUCCCGACUGGUGUGUUGACAGGUGUGUAGACUCGUGUGUUGACUGGUGUCUCGACUAGUGUGUUGACAGAUGUGUAGAUUCGUGUGUUGACUGGUGCCUCAACUAGUGUGUUGACAGGUGUGUAGAUUCGUGUGUUGACUCGUGUCUCGACUAGAGUGUUGACAGGUGUGUAGACUCGUGUGUUGACUGGUGUGUUGACUAGUGUGUUGACAGGUGUGUAGACUCGUGUGUUGACUGGUUCCCCGACUAGUGUGUUGACAGGUGUGUAGCCUCAUGUGUUGAUUGGUGUCCCGACUAGUGUGUUGACAGAUGUGUAGAUUCGUGUGUUGACUGGUGUCUCGAUUAGUGUGUUGACAGGUGUGUAGAUUCGUGUGUUGACUGGUGUCCCGACUGGUGUGUUGACAGGUGUGUAGACUCGUGUGUUGACUGGUUCCUCGACUAGUGUGUUGACAGAUGUGUAGAUUCGUGUGUUGACUGGUGCCUCAACUAGUGUGUUGGCAGGUGUGUAGAUUCAUGUGUUGACUGGUGUCUUGACUAGUGUGUUGACAGGUGUGUAGCCUCGUGUGUUGACUGGUUCCCCGACUAGUGUGUUGACAGCUGUGUAACAUGUAAGAUGAAAAACAUGAUGUGACCAUUGUUGAUGAAACAGCAAUAUACCCUUAGAGAUUGUUUUGGUCAAAUGGAUUAAGCAGAGUACAGAACAGUCUUUUGUGACCAGGAGGUCUCAGUAUUCAAGUAUCCAGAGGAUCAAAUUUAUUUUUGAUAUUUUCUUUUUUGUCAGCAAACAAGGAUUAAGUAAUUUUCUUUCUACAUGAUGUAUUUAUACUUAUUAUACUUAAACAUACACCACAGAACAAACGUAUACAGAAUACACAGAAUGUGCCAACAUUUACAGAGCAUAAUGUAAUAUGUGAUUGCAGUAUUUUUAUACAAACUAUUGGCUAAUUUGACACUUUAUUGUUCUAAUCACUCGUUUGUGUGGUGAAAUCAAACAUUAGUAUAUAAACUUCUUCAUAGAGAUUUCUUCAUCAGAAGUUGAAGUUUGUCCAUUGCAACAUUUCAUGAUCAAUAUUAUGAAUGAUUGGGGCAUUGAAGGACGUAAUGAACAGUAUUGUCAAAAUGGUGAGGCACACCAGCAAGAAAUUGUUUGUAUGAUGUUGAUUGUAAAUAUACCUGCAUACUGACUUCGCCAUAUUAUACCUCAGUCAGCCUGUAAUGUAAUGCAUUCAUGUUUAGUUUUCCACAAUAAAAGAAAUGACAUAAGUCAUGUUUUAUUGAUA